GGAAGCCUCACAAUCGGUGGUUCGGUGACUGCUGAACACGUUUCCAUCCAAGAUCUGCUGGAUCCCGGCACCAUGUGUGGAAUUAUUCUAUGAGGAUGCGAGAACUUCAAGCAGCGAUAUGAGGAGGGCCUUUCCAUCUCGGCAGCAUCAGCAUCAGCAUCGCAACCAGAGUCAGCGUGGCUCGGCCUCAUUCAUCCUGAGGACUCUCUUCCUGUUCGGCUUCCUCCUUCCGCCGCUCCGUGUGACGGCCUUCACCGCACCUCAUCGGCCAAGGCCUCCACUGAUAGAUGCGUAUGCGUCUUCAUCACAGAGCCCCUGUGCGUCACACGUCAGCCCGUGCCUCGUUGUGAGGAUGAUGGCCCUGCCGCAGCUGCAGCUGCCAUGGUCGAUACCUGAGCUGCUCGAGAGGGCCUCGACUGUGCCCGUGCCCUGCUAUUUUCUCUAUCUCAUGGCUGCGGGAAUCGGGUGAGAAGGGGGCUGGGUGGCCCAGGGUGGGAGGGCAGACGAGGACGGAGCAAUGGGUUGAUGUCGUGUGUGUGUUGGCCAUCCUCAAUUGAUUGCAGGAUCCCUGUGUCUGAGGAUGCGCUGUGCAUCUUUGUGGGGACGCUGCUGCCACAGCCAAGCUCGUGGAGCAAACGGGUCGCGACCGUCGCCACACUCUACGCAGGCACACACACACACAACCACACAACAAGAGAAAACGGGCGGACAGCCCACCCACGUCACGUCCGUCUGUUGACGUCAGGUGUGACUGUGAGCGACAUGCUGACCUACUCCAUCGGCGUGGCGCUCGAGAGGGGCCUUCUGGAGCCCAUCAAGCACCGCAUAUUCCCUCACCAUGGCGACGGCUGGCCGCCCAAGAACAGCCUCUGGGAGAGGGCUUUGCGGCGGGUGCAGUCGUCUGGCGGCGCCGUGGGCUUCGUGCAGCGGUGGAUGGUCGGCGUCAGGUGCGCUUAGACGGGCGCAUCAACCAGAUGCAUGGACGAGGCGAGAAGCAAUGUGUGUGGUGUUGUGGCAGGUAUCCGAUAGCCCUUGUGUGUGGCUUCACUGGUGUGCCCUUCCGGUCGUUCGCCAGUGGUGUGCUUGGCGGGGCUGUGGGGACGCUGACCGUUCAGCUGGCGAUAGGGUAUGCGCUCCGGAACAACCCCAAGGCCACUGGCGUGAUUGCCGCGGGCAUUGCCACUUAUUACAUGGUCAGUGACUGAUAUCAGUCCAUCAAGGGAAUUACCGCGCACAGUGCGAACACACAUCUGUCUGUCGUGUGUCGCUAUCUGUGCAGCUGGGGGCGCCUCUUGCUGCGUUGGCGUCAUCUGUGGUGUUGUAUUUUGACUUCUGAGAGAGAGGCUGGCGCCAAGCAGCAGCCGGGGCGACGAGAGAGCAGGGGAGGGG